CGUUGACGAAUAUCCGUUCUAGGCCUGGGGUUGAAAAUGGGGCUCGUGGCGAGCAGCAGUAGCGGCAGCAUGGCGGAAGCGAAGAAAGAAUCGGCGGAAUCGACGAAAGGAACGGCGAUGGCGAAGGCAAAGGAUCUGGUCGCCAGCAAUCCCGUCAUGGUUUUCAGCAAAAGCUAUUGCCCAUAUUGCGUGAGCGUGAAGAAGCUCCUCGCUAGCCUGGGAGCCAAAUUCACCGCGCUGGAGCUCAAUGCCGAGAAGGAUGGGGCGGAGAUUCAAGCUGCCCUAGCCGAGUGGACCGGUCAGCGCACUGUUCCUAGCGUCUUCAUUGGCGGCAAGCAUAUCGGUGGCUGCGAUGACACCACAGCGACUCAUCGCAAGGGACAAUUGGUUCCUUUGCUCCAAGAGGUUGGAAGCGUGGCGAAAAUGUGACGAAGCAUUAACUUUUUCUCACUAAUGAAAAAACUAUUGCGGUGAGCGUGUAUUCAGCACGCGACCUUCCCAGCUGAGCUAUCCCCGCUUAAGCUUGUAA